CUCAAUAUGCGCCGCAUCUCCAUCGAUAACUUUGGUUUGAAUAAUGGAAAGAGAGACGAUGUCUUCUUUCCGGCUAAGAAAAGGAGAAAGGGGUGGUGCGCUGCAAGCCCAAAACUAUUCACAACUUUGCUUUGCUUCAUCGUGUGGUACUGCUGGUCGCAAACUUCCGGUAGCAAGUACGAAAUACCAGAGGACAAUUUUGCCUAUGUCGAUGACCCGAGUUUGGUGGAUAUCCUGAACUCAACACUAGGUUUUGAGAAGAUCCUAGUUCUCAACCUCCCUUUCCGAACAGACCGUCGAGACGCCAUGACCCUCUCAGCAGCAACCAGCAACAUCCACCUCGACUUCCUCGACGGCGUAACCGGAGACAGCAUCAAACCCAGCGCGUACCCACCGCCGCAGGAAAACCAAAAACUCCAAGCCGGCAUCCGCGGAAGCUGGCGAACCCACAUGAACGCCCUCCAGACCAUCAUAUCACAGAACCUCACCACGGCACUCAUCAUGGAAGACGACGUGGACUGGGACAUACGCAUCCGGCAGAACCUCCAACGCUUCGCCAUCGCCUCGCGCUUCCUCUCGGGAGGAGACGGAGAAACCCCAUCUCUAGACCUCGACCAGAAAUUCGCCAUCCAACACCGACCAAACACCGAAACGGCAGAAAACUCGUUCAAGAUCCUCACGGAGCACACCAUGGUGGAAAAAACGCUGCCUUCCCUCCCCCUCACCUCCGCAUACGCCUUUUCCCAAUCCUCCUCCUCCUCCUCCUCUUCCUCUUCGACCCAACAACAACACCGCAGCAAGAGCACCCCCCACUCACCCUACGGCAACCCCGCGAACUGGGACAUCCUAUGGAUCGGCCACUGCGGCGCCGGUUUCCCACGUUCCUCCUCCCCCUCUUCCUCCUCCUCUUCCAACGACCCCCCUUCAACCCCCCUUUCAAACAUCAUCCUAACCCAACCCAACGACUCCACAGUCCCAACCACCCACCACCUAAAAGCGCACCCAUUCCAAGGGACCCUCGACCCCCUCGCCUCAGCAUACCCCCCGCACACACGCAUUUUCCACCGCGCAACCGGCGGCCAACUCUGCACAGUCGCAUACGCCGUCUCUCAGCGCGGCGCGCGCCGCCUCCUACACCAGUUUGCGACAAAAGGCUGGAACGGCAUUUUCGAUGCUGAGUUGGGGAGGUGGUGUGCGGGCGAGGAUCCGGAUAUGGGGGAUCAGAAGAAAAGGGAGGGGAAGAUGAAGAAUAAGGAAAGAGAGAGAGUCUGUUUAACGAGUCAACCGCCUAUUUUCGCGCACCAUCACCCUCAGCAGGGCGAGAGCGAUAUUGGUGGCUUGGGCGGCGGGUAUGCGAAGAAGUAUGAGACGAAAUAUCUGAGGUUGAGCGUGCGCAUGAAUUUGGAGCGCAUUGUUGAAGGUGGUGGUAGGGAGGAGUUUGUGGAUCAGUGGCCCGAUGAGGGUGGGCAGGUCGUUGGCUAA